AUGUCCACAGCUAUGUACCUUGACAUUUGUCAUGCUGUUUUAGCCAAGAACAAGUACUUCCAAAGGAAAGUCAACGCUGCAGGCCUACCAGGGUUCGCCAUAGUUCAGAAGGUAACUGCUGCAUUGCGUAUGCUUGCAUAUGGAGGGCCUGCGGACCGGCUUGAUGACUAUAUUCGUAUGGGAGAGAGCACGAUCCUUGAGUGUGUCGAUGAAUUCACUAGGACAAUAGUUGAGCUCUAUGGGAAAUCAUAUCUUAGGCCACCCAAUGCUGAAGAUAUUGCUAGGCUUCUUCAGAAAGCUGAAGAGAGAGGGUUUCCUGGUAUGAUCAGUAGUAUUGAUUGUAUGCAUUGGGAGUGGGAGAAGUGCCCUACAGCUUGGCACGGCCAGUACAGGGGUCAUUUCAAGAAACCCACAAUUAUUCUUGAGGCUGUAGCAAGCUAUGACCUUAGAAUUUGGCAUGCAUUCUUUGGCAUGCCAGGAUCUUGUAAUGAUAUUAAUGUCUUACAUCGAUCGCCAGUGUUUGACGACCUUGCCAAGGGCAUUGGACCUGCAGUGAAAUUCAAGGUUAACGGGAGGGAUUAUGAUAUGGGUUAUUAUCUUGCCGAUGGUAUCUAUCCUUCUUGGGCUACUUUGAUCAAUGGUGUCUCUAGCCCUCAAAGCAAUAAGCACAAUUACUUUACACUUAAACAAGCAGCAUACCGAAAGGAUGUGGAGCGUGCAUUUGGUGUGUUGCAAGCAAAGUAUGCAAUCAUAAAAGGACCAGCUAGGAGGUUUAAGCCAGUAGCCCUAAAGUAUAUAGUUGAUUGUAUAAUCAUUCUGCAUAAUAUGGGUAUUGAUUAUGAGAAUGGGAUGGAGGAGCUAAGAAUUGAAGAUUAUGACGGCGCAACAACGCCAACGUUAGAUCCUAAUCGAAACGUUGCAGAAGUUCGUCAAUUGAUUGCACGACACCGGCAAAUCCAAAGCCGACCAGCAAAUGAACAGCUCAAGGCUGAUCUGAUAGAGCACAUUUGGAGCAAGUUCGGGGCUCAGUAGGAGCAUCUCUGAGAAUUUUGGAAAGGAAGGUGUGCCAUGGAGCAGGUUGCUACAUGUAUUUUGGUUGCC